AUGGCAAGCCAAACCCCCGCUGACGCCGCGGCCCCUGUCGAGGCCCCCGCCGCCCAGACCCUUCCUGAUCGCACCCAGAACCCCGCCGAUGCCGAUGCUCCCCAGGGAGAGGUCUCCAAGAACGCCGCAAAGAAGGCUGCUAAGCUGGCCAAGCAGGCCGCCGACAAGGCUGAGAAGGCCGCGAACAAGGGAAUUGGCAAGCAGGAGGCCAAGAAGCCCGCUGCCAAGGCUCCCAAGAAGAAGAUCGAGGGCGCUGCUCUGAUCGGUAUUGAUGUCGCCAAGGAGGAGGAUUUCCCUGGUUGGUACCAGCAGGUCCUGACCAAGGGUGAUAUGCUUGACUACUACGAUGUCUCCGGAUGCUUCAUUCUCAAGCCCGCUUCCUACUUCAUCUGGGAGGAGAUCCAGCAGUGGUUCAACACUUACAUCAAGAAGAUGGGCGUCAAGAACUGCUCUUUCCCUCUUUUCGUGUCUGAGGAUGUGCUGCAGAGGGAGAAGGACCACAUCGAGGGCUUUGCUGCUGAGGUCGCUUGGGUGACACACGCUGGUUCCACCCCUCUGGAGAAGAAGAUCGCUAUCCGUCCCACGUCUGAGACUGUCAUGUACCCCUACUACGCCAAGUGGAUCAGAAGUCACCGUGACUUGCCCCUCAAGCUCAACCAGUGGAACUCCGUCGUCCGUUGGGAGUUCAAGCACCCCCAGCCUUUCCUCAGAACCAGAGAGUUCCUGUGGCAGGAGGGUCACACAGCCCACCUGACCAAGGAGGGUGCUCACGAGGAGGUUAUGACAAUCCUCGACCUCUAUGCUCGUAUCUACGAGGAACUUCUGGCUGUUCCUGUUGUCAAGGGUCAGAAGACCGAGAAGGAGAAGUUCGCCGGUGGUCUCUACACCACCACCGUUGAGGGCUACAUCCCCGCCACCGGUCGUGGUAUCCAGGGUGGUACCUCCCACGGUCUGGGCCAGAACUUCAGUAAGAUGUUCGGUAUCACCGUCGAGGACCCCUCCGCCAAGAGCGACGACAAGGAGAAGGCCGCUCCUCUCCACGUGUGGCAGAACUCCUGGGGUCUGUCCACCCGUACCCUCGGUGUCAUGGUCAUGAUCCACAGUGACAACCGCGGUCUCGUCCUCCCUCCUCGUGUCGCUGACACCCAGACCAUCAUCGUCCCCGUCGGUAUCACCGCCAAGACCACCGAUGAGGAGCGCAAGAAGCUCUACGGCGAGGUUGAGCGCCUCGUUUCCACCCUCCGCGACGCCGGCGUCCGCGCCGAGAGCGAUCUGAGAGAAGGUUACUCCCCCGGCUGGAAGUUCAACGAGUGGGAACUCCGCGGUGUCCCUCUGCGUCUCGAGUUCGGUCCUGGCGAGCUUGCCGGCGGCUUCGUCACCGCUGCUCGUCGUGACGUCCCCGGAAAGGACGGCAAGGCUCCCAUCCAGAUCUCCGAGCUGUCCACCGCCGUGCCCGCUCUCCUGGAAACCAUCCAGAAGGACCUGUACAACCGCGCCGACGCCGAGUACCGCUCCCACCGCAAGAUCAUCACCAACUGGGAUGACUUCACCCCCGCCCUGAACGACAAGAACGUCUGCCUGAUCCCCCACUGCUUGACCGAGGAGUGUGAGGACCAGAUCAAGGACCUGAGUGCCCGCAAGCACGAGGAGGACUCCGGUGUUCCCCAGGAUGCCCGCGCUCCUAGCAUGGGUGCCAAGUCUCUCUGCAUUCCCUUCGACCAGCCCGAGGGCAUCGUCCCCGGCGAGACCAAGUGUACCAACCCCCACUGCACCCGCUUCGCCGAGAAGUGGUGCAUGUUCGGACGCUCGUACUAA